AUGCGUUUCGGUGACUUGGCUGCGGCUACAGCCGCGCUCGUCGGUCUUGUCAAGGCUCAGUCCUCGAAUUCAAUCAUCAGCGGUGAUGGACCGUCCGCCCCCAGUCUCACUCGCACUGCUGCCCUCGGUAGCUGGACGCCCAAAGCUUCUUCCGACGGACUGACACCACCCUCUUUGGACGGCGAGGGUCGAACGAUCAACAUCAACAGCGCCAGCGACUUUUGCUUGCUCAUGCCUCCUGAUCCGACCAAGGAUAACGUGGUAGAUGCUGAAGCUAUCGCCGUCGCCUACUGCAUCAACCCUACCAAUGGAACGCGACCCAUGCCCGACGGCUUCAUCAAGACGGCACACUUCCGUCGCACACCUCAAUAUGUGCAGAUCUCAGGCGUGUACAACCCCGCUGUGAUGAAUCUCGGCAACAACGACUGCGGUGGCGAGUACGACUCGGAAGGUGCGGAGGGUGUCGGCAACCCUGUAGGAGUGACGAUGCGAAACGGCAAUUACUUUACUCAGUUCGUCGGAGCAUGCGAUAUCCCUGGAAGCCCCCUGUUCUGUAUGCGCAUGUGCCCCAACUACGAGUACUGCAAGAACACGUACGACAUGAUGGGAUGUCUUUGGAACCAGCCGGGAGACUAUGACCAGCCUGAAGCGUUCACCAACUGCGACGCCGAUGCUGAUCGGCCCAUCGGCGUGUACAAUAGCAGCUACACUUUCAGGCAGGGUAUGAGCGUCACUCCUACGCCAGUGGCCGCUCCAGCUUCGUCCAACUGCCGCACUGUCGCCUCGCCUACUGCUAGCGGUGUCACUUACACUUGGAACCAGCAGGCUGCCGCCUCGAUUUCUGCCUCGUCCAAGUCCGGGUCCGGCUCCGGCGGUGGCAGCAGCAGCAGCAGCAGCAGCGGCGGCGGUGGCGGUGGCGUCGGCUCUUCUUCGGGCUCAUCGAGUGGCUACAAGAGCGGUGCUGCUUCCACGUCUGGCAUGAUCAACGUCUAUGCGCUUGGUGUCACUGCUGUUCUUGGUGUCAUCGUCGGCGGCGCUCUGCUCGUCUGA